CCCAGCCCUCCCCGGCGCGCAGCCCGGCCGCUCCCCCUUCCGCGCUGCGUCCCGAGCGGCCGUGGCGCCGCCACGCCUGUUCCCCACCCGAAGCCCGGGCUUGCGACGGCAGAGGGCUCCGUCGGCCCAAACCGAGCUGGGCGCCCGCGGCCCGGGUGACGCCUCCACUCCGCCCCGAUCAACACCGUCCCCGGCCCUCGACGUUGCGCUCUUUCCUUAGCUUUCUGCGCCCUCCGCGCCCGCGCGCGGCCCGCGCAGUUCCUCGCCACCUUCCCUGGGCUCCCUCCCGCCCCCACCCCGCUCCUCGCCUCCGACUCCCUCCCCCCUCACGCCCGCCCUCGCCUUCGCCUACCAAAGUGGAUUAAUUACACGCUUUCUGUUUCUCUCCGAGCUGUUCUCUCCCGCUGUGAGCCUGCCCGCCUCUCGCUGUCCUCUCUCCCUCUCGCCCUCUCUUUGGCCCCCCCCUUUUCACGUUCACUCUGUCUCUCUCACUAUCUCUGCCCCCCUCUAUCCUUGGUACAACAGCUGACCUCAUUUCCCGAUACCCUUUCCCCCCCGAAAGUACAACAUCUGGCCCGCCCCAGCCCGAAGACAGCCCGUCCUCCCUAAAGAAGCAGAAGAGUCCCCCCCCCAAAAAAGCCAUCCCCCCGUUCUGCCCGGUCGCACAUUCGGCCCCCGCGACUCGGCCAGAGCGGCGCUGGCAGAGGAGUGUCCGGCAGGAGGGCCUACGCCCGCUGUUCGGUUUGCGAUAACGCAGCAGGGAGGUGGGCGGCAGCGUCGCCGGCUUCCAGAUACCAAUGGGGAUGCUGAUGGGGAAGUCGAUGUUGGUGCUUCUCACCUUCUUGGCCUUUGCCUCGUGCUGCAUUGCUGCUUACCGCCCCAGUGAGACCCUGUGCGGCGGGGAGCUGGUGGAUACCCUCCAGUUUGUCUGUGGGGACCGCGGCUUCUACUUCAGCAGGCCCGCAAGCCGUGUGAAUCGUCGCAGUCGUGGCAUCGUCGAGGAGUGCUGCUUCCGCAGCUGUGACCUGGCCCUUCUGGAGACCUACUGCGCCACCCCCGCCAAGUCUGAGAGGGACGUGUCAACCUUUCCGACCGUGCUUCCGGACAACUUCCCCAGAUACCCCGUGGGCAAGUUUUUCCACUAUGACACCUGGAGACAGUCCACCCAACGCCUGCGCAGAGGCCUGCCUGCCCUCCUGCGUGCCCGCCAAGGCCGUACACUCGCCAAGGAGCUCGAAGCGUUCAGAGAGGCCAAGCGUCACCGUCCCCUGAUCGCCUUGCCCUCCAACAGCCCUGCCCACGGGGGUGCCUCUCCGGAGAUGUCCAGCAACCAGAAGUGAGCCAAAUUGUCGUAAUUCUGCAUUGUAGCACCAUCACCCUGUGACCUCCUCUUGACCAGGGACAUUUCCAUCCGGUCCCUCCACUAAGAUCUCUCAGUCCCAUUUCCACCCCACUGGGCUUCUCUCCACCUGCCCCCAUGCCCCGCCUCCCCACAUCAGGCUACUCUCUUAGGCCCCCACCAUCGGGCUGACAGAUCACAUCUUCAGAAACAAAACUGAUUGGCUUUUUCAAAAAUUUUUCCACACAGCCCUCCCCCAAAUCCCCCCCCUCCAAAUUGUAUGUAUACGUCAAAAACUUUAAAACAUCAAAUCCCUAAAUCUCACACACAUGCUUGAAACUAAUUGGCUUUUUAGAAACACCAGAAAUGCUAAUUAGCUUUAAAAAAAAUUUUAAAAAUAAUCCAAUUGGCUAACGAAUACUAAAAAGGAAUUAAUUGGCUGCAAAGCAAUUGGCAAAAUAAAAGAAUUUGGCAUGCCCCGCCCCCCCCCUUCCUCCUUUCCCGUUGGACCUUGAGUCAAAUUGGCUUGGACUGGGUCCCUGAACCCAAGAGAAAGGAAGGGGAACUGGAAAUUUUGCAGGUGGGCAUGUCCUUCCUUCUGUGCCAUCUCCCUUGUCACAACUUUAGAUCAGGCACUUUCAGUGUAAUUGGCUGUUCAACAACAACAGCCACCCAAACUCAUUCUUCACUCACCUUUCCGUCCAGUGUCACCAUAGGGCUGGUGGAGGAACCCAGUGAGACCAGAGAAGGGGGACGGAGCGUGAAAACUGCAAAUAAAGCUUAAUUGGCAUAGACCCCCACCCCCAAAAUCUUACAUCUCAGUUCCUACCCUAAAAAGCACAUGUCACACGCAUCCAUCAUCCACAUGAGCACACACAUGCACACACACACACACCUUCACACACACAUCACACACAGAACCUCACACGCACACACACACACAUCACAUACACAACCCUGACACAU